AAGACGACAAAAUGGACCAGAUUGUCGCUGAACUGAAGAAGAUACCGCCUGUGACACGGUUUAUGACCGUUUCGACGGUCAGCUUGACUGUGCCUGUCCUUAUGCAACUUCUGUCGCCGUACAGACUGUUGUUCGUUCCCCAGCUGGUUUUGAAGCACUUUGAGCUCUGGAGGCUGUACACAAGCUACUUCCUUGGAACUCCUAGCAUCAACUUUAUAUUCGAAAUGGUUAUGCUCUAUCGAAGUUCCGACCAGUUGGAGUCGGGCCCGUACGCUGGAAGGUCUUCCGAUUAUGCCUGGCAACUGUUCCUUGCGGCCGGUACGAUUCUCCUCGCAACCCGACCGAUCCAGUCCUACGCCUUUCUUCACCCUCUCCUUGCGUGCCUCGCCUAUGUUUCCGCCAACAUGGCCCCACCAGGCUCUCAAACCUCAUUAAUGGGCCUAGUCACCCUCCCCGUAAUCUACCAGCCCUAUAUCAUGGUCCUAAUGGACCUGCUUAUGGCAGGACCCCGUGCUGCAGCCGAAUCCGUAGCUGGAAUCAUCGUCGGACACGGCUGGUGGUGGUCUAUGUGGGGCGGAGGACGUCUCGGUGAUGAAGGCCCCUUGGCACAGUACGGACGCGCCCCAAGCUGGUUGGUGUCAUGGUUUGGCGAGCGUAGGCGCCCGAGGACCAGUGGAGGCGGUGUGCGCACUGAUACAAGCGGUGCGGCUGCUGCGUUGCGCGCUUCAGGGAUCGAGGUCGUCCCACCUAGAAACCUCCGGGAGUCCUCGCCGUCAGGCCAUUCGUGGGGACACGGUCAAAGGUUGGGAUCCUGA